AUGAGUAAUAUUAAUCGUGAGCAGUGCGUAUCUAAACUUUAAGGACAUUUGAAAGGGGCCACAGCCACUAUCCAAGAGAUCGAAGAACUGUUGAUGAAUUAAGAGCAUAUUAUUUGGUAAUAAGCCAGGGAGAUAGAAGAACUUCGUAGAAGAUUGAAGCAAUUGGAAAGUUUGGAUUUUCAAAACGAAUAAGUGCUUCAUUUGUAGAACAUCAAUGUUCAACUCAAGACGUAAAUUGAGUUUUUGAGGAGUUAAAUUCAAGAGAAAGAUGCAAUGAUUGCUUAAUUAACAUCUAAGCCAGUAUAAGCAGCAUCACCUGAAAUACUCGCUGCAUAGCAACAAUUAAUUCAAUAAAACUUACAGCUACAAAAUAUUAUAGGGGAUCUUCAGAAUUAAAUUUUGAAUAAAGAUGCUGUCAUCGGUUAACUAAAAACUCAGGAAAGCACUUUGGAUUAGUUGAUUGGGCAACUUUAAUCGAAUAUCUAAUCGAAACGAAAUAAAGUAGGAGUAACUCAACAAGGAAAUGAAACAUUGAGUGUACUGAAUGAAUUGCAAUAAUAUCCAGAAGCUUUGCAAGAUGUGAUUGAAAGAAUCAUCCAAGAAUAUAGAAGAAUGCAAUUUCUGAUAGAGGAGAAAGAUAUCGAAAUUUAAAAUUUGAAAUCUCGUCUUUAACUCUAACAGCAAAAAGCAAAUGACUCCAUUUCUGAAAUUAAAAAAAGAGACAUAUCUCCCAUUCGAUCAGAUCAAGCCUUGGACUUAGCAAAGCAAACAGCUUCGAUGGAUGACAUGAUAAAUGACUUGGAGAGAAAGUUGAUGUCAUAAGACAAUAGGAAGAAAGAAUUAUAAGCAAAAUUAUUGGAAGUGGGAACUCAAAAUGUGGAGUUGGAAAAAUAAUGGUCCUAAUCAAAAGAUCAACUACCAAAGAGUGUGGAUGAAUUAGUUAAACAAAAUUUAGAUGUCAAUGACAAAAUCAAAGAACUUUAAAAGUCGUUGCUAUCAAAAUAAAAUGAGUUAGAUCAAGUUCAAAAAUAAAUUAAUACUAUUAAUGACAACUAAUAAUAAUUAUAACCAUAACAAAAUUUAAAUAAACAAGAGGAUUAAGUUGAUAAAGUAAAUACUAGUUAAAAUAGAAACAAUGUAGAUGAUUUGGUUCUAGAAAAUUAAUAAUUGGAAGACUUGAUUGUAGAAUUGUAAUAGAAAUUAGUCGACAAGCAAGCUUAAAAAGAAGAUAUUGAGAAUGAGAUUAAGAAGUUGAAUAUCUCAGCUUUGUAGUAAAACUUGAAGGAUUUAUAGAAGUAGCAUGGUCUAUUGGAUAAUGAUAAUAAAAACUAGAAAACUUAAAUUUAAUAAUUGCAAGAAGAAAUUAAUUAAAAUAAAGAAAUAUAAUAAAAACUAUCUCAAGAAAAUAAAGAAUUACAAGACCAAAAUAAUCAAACUUAAUCAUAGAUUAAAUAGUAAGAAGAGAAGUUAGCUUAAUUGCAGGAUCAGAAGAAUAAAAAUCUGGCUAAAUUAACUAAUGAUGAUCUCUUAAAGCUAUAAGAAAAAUUUAAUUAGACAGAAGAGAAUAAUAAAAUCUUAGAACAAUUAGUUUAAUAACUUAAUGAAGAAUUAAGAAAAUAAUAGUAAGAUAAUCAACCCUUAGAGGAGGAAUUAUCUAAUAUCAAAAACAAAUUGCAAAAAACUGAGUAAGAAAAUUCAGAUUUGGAAUAACAAGUCUAACAACUCGAAGAUUAGUUAAACAACUUUAAGAAGUAAUAAUUGUAGACCAAGGAAUCUGCAAAACCUAGUUAUAGUAAAUCAGCUGAGUAAUAAAGGACAACUCCCGUUGAAAAAUUUAGGGAGCCCUUCUAAAACAUAGUGGAUAAGGAAGAAUUUUCAUUUGAUUUAGGAAGUUUAAAUUAAUAAGACUUUUCAUCAUAAGAAGUCACAAGCUCACCUGAAAAUAUUAAAUAAUCAUAAUUUGCUAAGAAUAAGACCCAAGAAGGUAAGUUUAUUACUAUUCCUUUGGAUAUCAUUAAGAAUUAUGAGUACUUGAUUAGAGAAAAGGAAAAUGAGAUUGAUGAACUCAAGAAUGAACUUGCCAAUCAAGGACUUUAGAGCAUACCUCUUAAUUUCUAAACUGGAAACAUGGGAUCUGAUUAAUAAGAAAAUGCUAACUUUUAAUUAGAAGCUACAGCACCAAAUCAGAAUAAUGAACAGAAUCCAGAAGAUUAAGGGGUCACUCUUGAAUAGUUGUAGAAGACAAUUAAGACAAAAGAUGACUACAUUCAGAUGUUAUUAGAUUAGAUUGAAGAGAUGAAACAAUUUGGUUCUUUGCCUGAAGAGCAACAGAAGCAAAAAUUGGAAGGAAAUCAAAAGAGAUCUGAUGACCUUGUUAGGUAGAAUAUAGAAAUUGCAGACAUAAUAAUUGAUUUAGAGAGUAAGUUAGCUAAUAGAAAGAUAGAGAAUGAAGAGUUAAAGAAAUAAUUGUAAGAAGCUAAUAAAGAUUACAAUGAUCAAUAAAAGAGGGCUAAAAUGUAUGAACUUUAUAUGUUGAACAAGGAUUUAGAUGAAGAGGUUUCCUUAUCUCCAAAAUUAUAAGAGGAAGAUCUUUAGAAUGAAUAAUUAGAAUAGUUGAAUUAAUAAGCUCCAGAAUUAGAGUAACCUGAAGAUCCAUAGAAGCAAGCUAAGAAGUUAACUAUCAAGGAUAAAUACGAAAAAAAGAUAAAGGAUCUUAAAAAGGAAAAUAGAAACCUAAUUGCUUAAUUAAAAUAAUUAAGAGGAGCAUAAUAAUAGGAUCAAAGUAAUAGACCUUAAUAAGAAGAUGAUGCUAAAUUAAAAUAAUCCAAUCCAUCAGUUUAAAAUGAUAAUGAACAUCCUGAAUAAGUUUAACAGUAACAAUAGCCUAAACCUAUUGAUAUAUAGAAGAACACUCAAGAUCUUCAAUAACAGUAUGAGAAAGGUUUGGAGAAGUAGGUAGACUUGAUUUAAGAAGUUUAAUCACUUUAGGAUAUUAUAGAGAAUCUUGAACAAAAGGUUUAAUAAAAGAAAGAAGCAAAGGAAUAAUUGGAAGCUUAACUGUGUGCCUUAGACAAGAAGAAUGAAUCAUCGCAAUAGGAUCCAUAACUUUAGGAAUCUGCAACGAUGGCAAGCACCUCAAAAUUGGAUUAGGAAGCCUUGUAAAGAUAGUAUGAUUAGGAAGUGUAGAUUUCAAGAUUGAAAGACUAGUUGGCAGAUAAAUAGAAUAAGCUUGAAUAGAUGGAAAUUUUGAAAGAAUAAUUGAAAGAGAAGGAAGAUGAACUUAAAGCUUAUAAGGAAUAGAUACCUUCAAUAUAAGAAUAUUAAAAUCAAUAGUUCCUUCAUUAAUAGGAGGAAUUAGUGAAUACAGAAUUGCGUAAGGAUGUAUAAAGAUUAGAGGAUCAGUUAGAUAACUAACUCAAACUAAAUAAAGAGUUGUAGUAAAGAAUGGAUAAUUAGCACGAGUCGGCAGCUCUUUUGUCUCAAAAAAUAAAAUUAUCUAUUCAUGAUUCUAAUUCUUCUAGUUCUUAGAUAAUAGACAAUAGACAGAGACUUGUGGAGAAAUAAUAGAAGGCAGAUGAAUUAGUGAGAGAACAUUUAAGUUUAGAUGAUUUAAUUGAAGAUUUGGAAAAGAAACUAGUAGAAAAGAAUGAUUAUAAAGAUUAAUUGCUUAACUAAUUAAAAGAAGGAACAAAACCGGCCGUGUAAUCUGAGGCAAAUGAACAACCGAAAGUAGAAUAGCCAAAUUAAGUAUUCGCAAAAUAAUAGAAUUAAGAGUAAUUUGUUGAGCCAAUCUAAGAAAUUAGUGAUGUUUAAUAAGUUAUCAGUAAUAAUGAGGAUUAGAUUUCUAUUCCUCUCUAAGCAGGAUAGAUUUUAUAAUAAUUGGAGGGAGAUAGUUAAAAACAAGACAUCAAGGAACCAAAUCCUUCUUAAGAAUUAUCCAAUCAACUUCAUCCUACCAAAUCAUAGCCAGUUUUUGCUCAAAUAAAUUAAGAUGCCGAGCCUAAGCUGUAAUAAGUCAAAUCUAGUUAAGGGUUUACUUCCCCUUAGGAUUUAUUCAAUAAAGAGGGAAUAGAUGGGUAAAGGUUGCAAGAGGUUUGGGAUUUGUUAAAGAAUAAUAAUGAUGCAGACAGAAGAAUAUAAGAAUUGAGAGAUGCAUUAUAAAGGAAAAACAAGAGAAAAGAAUAGUUGGAGGGUGUUUAUAAUAAAGAUUAAGAAUUAGUAAGUUAGAGAGUGUCAGAUAGUGUUAAUGAGAAAAAGUAAUUAUAAGAUUAGUUGCAUUAAAAGAAUUUAUAGAUUGCUGCUUUGAAUGAUGAAUUGUCAAAAUUACAGCAGAAGGUAUUUGAGAAAGAGAAGGUCAUUGAUGAGAAGGACAGAGAGUUUAGAAAUAGUUAAUUAAUCAAAACUUACUAAGAUAACUGUAAUAAGGCUGAUGAAUUAAUCAGUAAGAAUAAUUAGAUAGAAGAGACUUUGAAUAAUUUAGAAGUAAGGUUGGCUGAGAAAUAAUAAAGAGUAAAGGAACUUGAGUUAUAGAUAGGAGCUGAUUCUAGUAUUUCAAAUAUCUAGGACCCAAGAGAAAGUGGUAUGAUUAAAUCCUAUGAUUAAGAGCAAGAUACUCAAUUGCAACAAUAGGAGUAAGUACUUUAGGGGUACAGCAUGAAUAUCGAUCAAUUAAAAAAUAAGAUUGAAUAAUUAAACAGUGAAUUAGCUGAAAGAGAUAAGACCAAUUUGGAAUUAAGAAAUUAAGUAGCUGACUUAAAGAAAUAGAUUCAUGGUUAUUAAUUGGCUUAAUAGGAUGUCAAAGUAAUCAAGAAGUAAAAUAAGCAAUUGCAGGAUGAGAUUUCAGCGUUGGUUUAAGAUAAUCUAAAUUAUGAAGAUUUGAUUCGAGAUUCUGAGUUUAAGUUGUAAGAAAAGAAGUCAAGGGUCAAGGAAUUAGAUAUGGAAAUUAAGAAUGCAGAAAUCCAGAUCUAAGUGGAAAAAUAGAUGAAAGAGAAUCAGUUACUUCAAUAAAAGAUUCAGCAGACUGACGAGCUGAUUAAGAAGAAUUUAGAGUUGGAUGAAGCUUUGACAAAUUUGGAAUUGAGGAUAUUAGAUAAAUAAUAAUAGUUAUCAUAAAAGGAGGCAAGAUUAUCUAAUUAGAAUUCAAGAAUUUUGUAAUAGCCAAUGUAUAUUUACUAAGAAGAUUCUGAUGACAAGGCUAGCAAUAUCAGAACAGAAACAUCUCCAAGGGCAUAAAAUUAACAUCCUUUGAUCUAAGAGCAUAAUAACAAUCUGAGUGAAUUGACUAGUUCUAUUAAUCAAAUGUAAGAGUAGGUGAGAUAGUUGAGUCUAGAUGAUAGCGAACUUGAUUUCUAUUUAUAAUAGAAGAAAGAGAAGCAAUUGGAAAUAGAUUCAUUAAAAUAAUAAUUGUUCUAAUAGAAUGAAGUAAUGUAAGAUCUGAAGUAAGAGUAAAUAGAAAAGCAGCAAUAGAUUGAUUAACUUAAGAAAGAGAAUUCGAAUUUCGAUGAAUUAGUGGAGGAAUUACAAUAAAGUCAGAAGCAAAUGAUUGAGUAGGAAAUUCAGAAGAAGGAAUCCAAUCAGCCUUAAGAGAUUGGUGGCUCUGAAUAGAGUGAGAUAAUAAAAACGAAAUCAGAGAAUUUGGAAUUGAGUAAGAAACUUCAUGAUUUGAAGUAGUCUUAGAAGUAAUUGAAGAAUCAAAUUGCUAAUUAUGACUAUUUGAUUUUAGAUCUUGAAACAGUUGUUGCAGAUAAGAAGAAUGACAUUUAGAGAUUGAAUAAGGAAAACUAAUCAUAUUAACAAUAGAACAGAAAGUAGAAAGGAAGAAGGGAUUUAUUACACAAGGAAUAAAACAAUUUGCAAUAUCAACUUAAAUUGCUAGAACCACAACUCUAAGAACUUUAAUAAACUGAGAAGUAGUUGUAAGAAUCUGUUACUUAACUUGAGGAAAAAUUGAAAUAACUAGAUGAAAAAUAAAAACAAUUAGAGAAUUAGAUCAACCAGAAACAGUAAAUAACUUCUGCUUUAGAAUUACAACUGUCAACCAUUAAUCAAGAAAUACUGUAAUAACAGGAUAAAAAGCAGUAAUUAGAUUCAGAAUUAAAUCAAUUGAGGGAUGAGAAUCAAGGAAUCGAAUAAGAAGUGAAAAUCUAUAGGAAUCUGAGUUUGGAAGACAUCACAUUGAAUGAAUAAAUAGAUGCUCUGACUAAAUAGAUACACGAGGAUAAACAGACUUAUGAAACAUUAUAAGAUGAGUAGAAGGCUACACAAGAGUAAAUAAAUUUGUUGCUGCCUCAAAACAAAGAGAUUGAUGAGUUGAAAGAAACUGCUAAGUUGUAAUAUGCACAAAAUGUAGAGGCUUUGAAUAAUUUAUAACUAGAAUUGUAAUAGAAGAUUGAGUAGAAGAACAAGGUGUUCCAAGAAGUCUCAGAUACAGAAAAAUAUCUUGAAGAAAAUAAUCAUGUGCUCCAAGAUUUGAAUGAGAGGAAGGCUAAUCUCGAAGAUUAGAUAAAGAAAGAGGAAGUCUUAGUAAAUGCAGUCAGUGCUAAAUCAAAACGAUUAGAUGAAACUCUAGAGGCUGAAAAAUAGAAUUAUAAUGUUCUUAAUGCUGAAUUAGAGGAUCUUCUAAAGAGGAAAUAAGUCUAAGAAUAGGAAUUGGCUAAGGCUAAGGAGGAAAUUCAAAAAAUGCAGGCUGAUUAAGAGUAGUUAUUACAAUAAUAAUAACAGUUCAAGAAUUUGAAGGAGUAGAUUGAGUAAUACAAUAAAGACAUAGAAAUAAAUCUUAAGAUAAUUCCAGAAAGAGAGGAGUAAUUAGUAUAAUUGAAAUGUAUUAUUGAAAAGAAAGAUGAAGUAUUGAGUGCUACUUAGGCUGAAGUGGAUAAAUUAAAUAAAUAAAUUGAUGAAAUAUAGUAAGAUAAGGAAUAAAAGGAAAAGGAAUUGGAAGAUCAAAGUAAUUUAGUUAAGAGCAUUGAAGAAUAAAUCAUAGAUAAAUAUUAGAGAGAAAAGGAUUUAAAGGAUUAAUUAGACUCAAUAUAAUUGAAGGAUCUUGAGGCUGAAUUGAAUGAGAAGAUGGAACAAUCAAUGGCAUAGUAGGAGAUGCUAGAUUCGAUCGAGUAGUUGAAACAAUAGGUCUAAUAAUUGAGGGACGACGAGACAUAACUUAAAUAAUAGAUUUAAGGAUAAGAAAGUCUGAACAACAGUAAGAAAUAGGAAUUAGAAUAAAAGUAGUAAGAGAAGAUUGAAUUAGAGUAAGAUCUUCAUUCAGCAUCUGCUUAAAUGGAAGAAAUGAAAUUUUAAUUGGAAGAGAAGAAUGAGCAAUUAGAUAAAUUGAAUGAUUAAUUCAAGAAGGUAGAUGAGGACUCUAAGAUGAUGGAGGCUGUUCUUUAGUUGAAGGAGAAGGAAUUAAAGUAACUAUAAAAGAAGAAAGAAAAUCUGAUUGAGGAAUUAGAGAGAAUUAAUAAUGAUGUGGUUGAGGCGUAGAAACAAUUGGUAACUCAAAGAAAGAAACAAAGAUCCUUAGGAGCAGAACCUCAAUAAUAGGACGAGAAUAUGGAAGAGGAUAUUCAGGAUAAGAUUACUUCUUUGAAUUCACGUAAUAAUAAUUUGAAGGAUGAUCUUCAGAAAUUGGUAGAGAUGAGUCCAGAGCCAACAGAAAGGAAGCCAGAGGAAUAAUAGGAAGUUAAGGAUGCUCCUGCUCCUGUUCAAGUGUCUCAAUUUGCUCCAGAUAGAGUGUAGUAAACUUUGUAAGAUAGAGAUAAAAAGAUAGAAAUAUUGGAGAUGACUAUUUCGACAUUACAAUAGUAACAACAAGAAAGAAUGAGUAUGAUUCCUUCAAUGUUCUAAUCUAAGUUGUCAGUGUAGCCAAGUUUCUUUAUGGAUGACGAUCCCUUGUUAUUGGAAUUGUAGGAUAAAUUCACUAAAGAAAGUGAAUUGUUGAAGGACUUACAAAACAAAAUCAAAUAGACUGCCGAGAGUCAUUAUGCCUUAUCAUUAUAAUUGAAGGACUGGGCAGAAAAGGAAAAUAGAUUAGCUAAAGAAUUAGACACAAGAAGAUAGAGUGUAGAGUAAAUUGAAUUUGAACUUUAGGCAGUCUUUGCGAAGUAAUCUGAUUUAGAAUCUGAGAAGGUCAAUGUUUUACAAAGAAUUUACUCGUUAGAAGUUGAAACACAAGAUUUCUAUGAGUAAGAAGCCAAUACUAAAAACAAAUUGAAGGAGAAGAAAGAUUACUUAUAAACACUUUACAAAAAUCUGAUUGAGAGUGAUCAAAAGCUUUUGCAAUUGAGAAAUAGAAUGGCAUUGUAUUCUCAAGAAGGAAGACAAUUGGCUGAAUAGGUUGAGAAUUUAGAGAAUGAAAAAGAGAACAAAUAGUAACAUUUGUAAGACAUUUAAGCAGAUUUAGAACAUGUCGAGAUGGAAAAACAAGAAAAACAAGCUUUAGUUCAAUCGAUAGCCAAAGAAAUAAGUGAAACCCAAUAAGAAAAAGAUAAAUUAGAAAUUCAAUAUGCUACAGUUCAUAGCAAGAAUCAACAAUUAAAGAGUUAAAUCGGAUAUGAGGAGGCCUUUUAUUAGAAGUUACUUCAAGAAUUGGAGAUUGCUAAAAAGAGAGACCAAACCAAAUUUCAAAAUCUAUUCUCAGAUGGGUCUACUUAAACUGAAUAUGACUUAGAGUAAUUUGAAAGUUUAUCGACUUGUACACAGUUGUACAGGAUUACUAAGGAAGAUGUAUAUUAAUUGAAAGAAAAUUGCAAACAACGAUUGAUUCAAAUCUAUACUAAUGAAAAUGCCAACAUUUAAUAAACUAUCAAUUAGAAUAAACACCUAUAGAAAAUGAUUCAUUUACAAUAAAUGAUAAUAUAGAUUUAAGAGAAUGAGAACGUGAAUUUAAUUGAGUUUUAAUCAAGAAGAUCAUCAAGGUUGGGAUUGAAUGUAAUGGAUUUAUCAAUUUAUAAUAUGAAAUUGGAUUUGGAAUAAAUUGACUUCAUGAUGAAUAAGACUAAGUUGGUUGAGGUUCACGUGAGUGAUAACUAAAUCGUAGUGGCAGAUACCAAGAUAGCACGACAAUGGAUCGUGGAUAAAUAGUUUGAUUAUGAAAAUUCCCUUUAUCCCCUGGGUGUAUUGAACAUCAUUUACAAGGUAUCACUCUAUCAAGUAAUUAAUAUUUCAUUGACUGGAACAAAGGUGCUAAACUUAUAUCAAAAUUUAUUGUGAGAUCAAUAAAUAUAUAUAUAUAUUAAAGUAAUUGUAAAUAUUUCA